AUUUAAAAUCAAAUACUUUUAGACUUCUACUCAAGUAGUAUUUAACUGGGUGACUUACUUUUACUUGAGUCAUUUUCUAUUAAGGUAUAUUUACUUUAACUCAAGUAUGACAUUUGUGGGUACUUUAUCCACCACUGCACACACACACACAGUAGCCUAUGUACUGUAUACUGGGGUUUGAUAGUGUGUGCAACUUCCUCUAUCUUCCCUCUUGUGUUCAGCUGUGGGACAAUGAGUCAGACACAAAUAGACUGAACUCUACACAUUUCAUCUGUGCUCUAGUUAUGUUUGUACCCGUAGAGUCAUGAUGUUUGAAAAGAUCCACCUUUACAAUAGAGGAAGAUACAUACUGUAUAUGGACAUAGCAUUCCAAGUACUAUAUUUACCUUUAAACCACACAGAUUAUGGAAAAGCAUUUGAAAUUGCUAGUUCAGAAUUCAUGCUCACAUUAAGGAAAUUAAAUGGCAAAAAUGAUUGUCAUUUAAGCAUUUCUGUUAGAUUCUUUUUAAUGUGUCAGUGUUGUACUGGAUGGUACCAUGGAAAUGAAAUAUCAAACACACUUUGUUAUUUAUUUAUCAAAUUGGCAGACAAUAUGCAUACUCAAUCAUGAAAAUGCUAUAUCUUUUUUUGCAUUUCAAAUAUAAUUGUGUCACAAAAAAAUGCUUACCCAUUUAGGAAAAGGAAUUGCAGACAUGAUAUUGAUUUAUCAUUUUUCCAUUUGCAUUUCCAAUUCAGUUUCGGAAGCAAAAUGCUUCAAUGAACUGCCUCUAUGUCACUCCAAUAAGGUAGGCUGCCUUGAUGCGCUCUUGUGAAGGACCUACCCAUUUUUUUCAUUUUAAAGGGACCAUCCUCGCUCUGACCUAUCAGCCAAUCACAUCCCAAACUACUGAAAAUCGUAGUGCGCUUUUAAAAGACAACAGAGACAGACCACUUGUAUUGUCAAGUUCGGAGGAUAUGCACGCACACCUAUGGAGGACCUUUGAUUGAUAACCACGUCGACCUUAGCGUAUCCUUUAUCAUUCUCCGUGUUUGUAUUUGCAAGGGAGAACAAGAAGAAAUAGUCCGUUAUAUUUAUAACUAAUCUAUUACAUUUGGAGAACGUCUUGGAAGUAGCUAGUGCAUAAUUUCGAAUACCCGUUCUAGUUGGGAGAAGUGACUGCAAAGAUGCGACUUCCACUUACAUUCAUUCUGAUUUGCGAGCUUUGUUGGGGUUUUAAAAGGGACAUGGUCAUUCAGUUCCAGCGGUCGGGAGUGGUCGGUGAGGUCGAGCAGGUAUUGAUCAACGGAGCCGCUCUCUCCAGCUGCGAGAAAGACGUCAACGGCAUUCUCCGUGCUGUAUUGUUGGGCAACUACAGCGAGUCUUUUCAACAGGCGUUUGAGAUAGAAGAACAUGUCAACAACAUCAUGACAAAAAAUCAUACUUACCAGUACCUGCGUGUGCAUGAAAGCAAACUGGACGGAUUUCGAGUAGUGCAUUUGACUGACCGGCUCCUGGUUGACGGGAAUGACUUCCUGACUCUGGACCGAAACACAGACACCUGGACAGCUGAGGUACCACAGGCCCUAGCGCUCAAACACCUUUGGGACCAGGACACUGAGCGCACGAGGCUGGAGAGGAUUCAACUCCAUGAGAGCUGUGCCAAACUGAUGAAGGAGCUCACACAUUCUGAGCCCAUCACCACUGGAGGGAUGUCCAUGCUGGCUGCCCUUGCUUCUUUGCUAGCAGGCCUGGCCUUUGUUGCCCUGGUUACCACAAGCUUCCUCAUCUUUAAACAACAAGAUCCCAACGUUUCAGGACACCCUGGAGGUGUCCUUGGCUCCAUCGUCCACUAUCCUCAGAACGUCACAGAAACACCUUGUCCAGGAAAAGGCUAUCAGGUUCUCUAAAACCCAAAGCUCCUUUCCCAAUAUACUUCUGAUGUCAACUGGUCACUCCACAGCAGUGUGGUCACACCCUUUCACCUGUCUUUGUGCUUGUCUCCUGGUCUGUUGCCAGUUUGUCUUGUCAAGCCUACGAGCAUGGUUUUCCUAGUCUCUUUUUUCUAGCCCUCCCGGUUCCGACCUGUUCUGCCUGCCCUGACACUGAGCCCGCCUGCCUGACCAUUCAGCUUUACCUGACCUCGAGCCCGCCUACCCCCCUGUACCUUUCGGACUCUGACUUGGUUAAUACACUUCCUCGACCUGCCUAUUGCCUGCACAUUGUAUUUUAAUAAAUAUCAGAGGCUCGAA